AUGGAUUAAGGCAGCAGUGGAUCAACACAAAUCGAUAUCGAGAGACUGAGAUUUGCUAAUUAUUAGCCAUAAGGCAUUGAAUCAAUGGCUUUGUCCUUUGACAAAAGACUUCUUGCAGUUUCUAGAGAAAGCAAUUCAAUUGAGAUUUGGAGAUUGCCAUAUUCAUGGUCUUAAGUAUUAGUAAUUCCCGGAAAUAAGAACUGUGAUAUCAGACGUAUUCACUGGCUAGAAAUGAAUCAUAGCGCCAAGAUUAAUACCAAAGAGCAGAUAUCGAACACAAAUUAAUUCUAUUAUGAGACAUAGGAAAAUAAAUUCAAAAAGAGAAGAUUGUUGACGACAGGCUUGAAUGGCUUGGUGAUUGAGUGGGACUUGAGGACUGGCAAGCCAAAAUCAAAGUACUCUUGCAAUUCUGCUGUUUGGGACUCUUAAAUGCAUGGAAAGUUCCUCUACCUAGCUUGCGAGGAUGGGACAGUAAAGAUAUUGAAAGUCAAAAAGAACAAAAUUGAAUACAUUAGAUAGAUGUUCAAAGUAGAUGCCAGGUGCCUUUCUUUAGCCCUAGUGAGAAAUGUCCCAGAGAAUCAAAUGGUAAAGAAUAUAUAUGCUGGCUAUUCAGAUUCUUCAAUCAGAAAGUGGGAUAUGAUUGGUGGAAAUAGCGUGUUACAUUUCUAAAAGCAAACUUCAAAGAAAUAGAAAAAGACUAACUUAGAAUGCUGCAUUUGGUAAUUGAAGCUAUUUAGAAAUCACUUAUUAAGUGGUGAUUCUCAAGGGCAUCUAUCAGUCUGGGAUGCAGAGUUUGGAACAUUAUAAAAAACUUUUGAUAACCUAAAAGGAGAUAUCAAUACCAUCGAAGUGAAUGAAGAUUAUUAGUGUGUCUAUGCCUCAGGUAUUGAUUCAAGAUUACUAGUUAUAAAAUUGAAAGAUUCAGCGAAUGCUGAAUAGUCCUGGGUAUUUGCUUCUAUAUACAGAGGUCAGUCUCACGACAUUAAAUCAUUGAUCUUAAUAUCACCGAAGCAGUUAAUCUCAGCAGGUGUUACAACUGAUAUCUGUGUUUAUAACCUGACUGACGGGAGAUUCAAUGAUCAAUUUGGUAAGGACUCUAAGCAUCAACAAAAAACUUAGAAAUUAAGGCAUAUACCUCCCUUCCCAUUCAAGACAGCAGCUAUCAUCGAUGGCAAGAGUAUAUGUGUAUUGAAUGGAAAUCAGAGAUUCAUUGAAAUUUGGAACGCUGAGUCCCAAAUGCAGGUACUUAGAAUAGAGAAAAAGGGAGACUAUAACAUAAGAUGCUUUGAUAAGCUAGGAGAUUUCAUAGUUUAUUCAGAUGGCAAAGACACUCAAAUUUUCCAUUUUAAUUAGAAUGAACUAACUCUUAAGAAACUUACUCAAAAAGUAUGUGUUUCUAACGGCUUACAAUCUAUAUUAUCCAGUAUUUGGCUUAAACUAUACCAAUCAGACAAUGAACAGACUUAUCUGCUCAUUCUAGAUGAAGAACUUAACCUAAGAGAAGUAAAUUUAAGUGAAGACUACACUGUCAAGGAGCUGUUUAAUCUUAAUGAGAAAUUAGUGGAUAGCUUAAACAACGUCACUUUGAAAAACUAUGACAAGAUCAUUAACUUUAUUAGCUUCAAUUGUACCUCCCACAAACUUUAUGUUUCAUUUGCUAAUCUUCAGUUCUUUGCGGAAUUUGAUCUGACUAAGUAACAAUUAAGUUGGAAUCUACCAAUGAUAGAAAAUAGUCUAUCUCUCUGUGCUCAUAGUGACCAAGAUAAAUUGAUAGUAGCCUAUGAUUCCAAUAAAGUGACAGUGUUUGAUCUAAACAAUAAAAAAAUACACAGCUGGAGUGCAGCAAAUCAAGAUAAAUUCCCUUAGAAUUAUCUAACCAGAUUUAAUAGGACAGUUGGAAUUGCCUAAGUUAGUAGUAGUUAGUACAUUAUAUAUACUAACUACACUUACUCUGUUCUAGAUAUAAACAAAGGAUUACCAGAAGAGGUAGAGAUUAUUCAGAAUCACCCAGGCAAAUCCGUAGAAGAAAAAAAUUUAGCUGCAUAAAACUGGUUUGAUAACCUCAAGAUAAGUUAAUCAAAAUACAUAAAGAAAGUAGUUUUACCUGUACUUGAAUAAUCCUCAGAUAGCACUAAAGAUUAGGUAUCAAACUUGACAAUUAGCAAUAAAAUUAAGGGCAUCUUGAAUAUGCAGUAUGAUUCAGAGACUAAUACUCUAAAAGUUGUAGAGAAUGUUUGGAAGAAAGUAGUUGAAAACUUUGUAGGAACCGUAGCUAUCAAUAAGUAUGGACAGUGA